CUUCCUUUCGUGAUUGAACGAGGCACAUCCGUUGCGUUAUUCAAUUCGUUGGAACAGCAUGGAGUAAGCUGAAUCUAAGCCAGUCUUGGUCAGGGAAGUGCAAGCAUGAGAUCUCUCGUUGUUGUUAUACUGUUGGCGGCCCUUGAGUACGGAUCCGCAUUAAUCUGCUAUGAGUGCAACAGCGCGAUCAACUCCAUGUGCUCGGAGGCGGUGCUGCCCGACAGUUUGAAACGGAACUGCAGCGAUCACGAUCGAGGAGUUACACACACGCUCUGCAGGAAAAUCGUACAGCAUGUGGACCACGACAUCAACGGACAUCAGGUAGCCAGCAGGGUCAUCAGGAGCUGUGGCUGGGAUGAGACCAAGUAUAAAGGAAUGUGCUAUCACAGAUCUGGUUAUGGCGGGCGUCAGGAAGUGUGCUCUUGCACAAAAAAUCUCUGCAACCACUCCGGCAGAUUUGAAUUUUCCUAUUAUCUUGCCGGCUUGGUAUUUGUCCUCCUGUUUGACACGGCCAACAGUUUUAAAUACUAGCAAAAUUUUAUUUUUAAUGCCAAUAAAAUAUUAAAUUUCCUCAGCCGAUUAUAUUGUGAAAUGUAUAUAAAGUGAAUAAAGUUAAAUGAAGCUUUUGG